UCAUUCUUUUCAUGUGGCAGUCUCUUACGAGAAGCGGACGUGGGAAGGCUGUGUGGUUAAACCGCGGUGGAAAUAGUUGGUUUGUCUGUCUAAAGUAUUGGGGAACACGAGGAAUAAUAUUCAUGGAAUUUAUUUAUUUUUUGACAGACAUUUAGAUAAUCCAAAAUUGUUCUAUCCAAACCUGUGACAUAAAACUCAAAUUCUGAUUUUUGAUUAAGGAUUUUAAAGUUAAAAGAUUUGAUCUCGCCCGCAAGCUUUUUAUGUUGGAAUCUGGCACCUGAAUGAAAACGUCACGUUGCAUAAUGGCAUUCUCGCACAACAACAUCAAAAUUCCACUCUUUUAAACGGGAAGAAGAAUUCAUAAAAAAAGCAUCAGAAAAUACAUCGCUUCUCUCAUUGGUUAUAUCAACAAUGACGUAAUGAAAGAGAAGGCACCAGUCAUUUAUCUACUUAUACCUUUAUAACUCAUUAUUUUUAUAACUUGGGGACAAAAACUCUUUUCUACAGUUCCUGUUACUGAAACCCAUCGGACAUUUAUUUUUAGUCUCACACUACAGUAUUACUCUCAUAAAAAUGAUAUCCAGACGUCGAAGUCAGGUGAUUAAAGCACUUCUGAUAUUGUCUGCCACGUGGAUCGCGGUGACUUACAUUUUAGCUGUCAAUUCCAAUAAUAACUCGUCGGACUUGCUGGACAAGUCAUCAGAACAGAAGCACAAAGCAGAGAGAUCCCUGCAAGAACAGCCAAUCCAUAUAAGUGGGCACGGGGACCAUUCUGAAAAGAAGGAAGCUGAGUACCAUGGUGGAGACCAGGACAAUAACGGUGUACUCCUGCCUCCCCGUGAAUUGGAUGGACCCGGUGAAUUGGGUAAACCAGUCAAACUGUCCAACUUAACGGAAGAGCAAGAGAAGUUGGUUAAGUUAGGUUGGAAAAAUAAUGCUUUCAACCAGUAUGUGAGUGAUAUGAUAUCGAUUCACCGGACAUUGCCGGAUCCCAGGGACAAAGAGUGUCGAGAUAUACGGUAUGAUUCCAAACUGCCCCAAACGAGCGUCAUCAUCUGCUUUCACAAUGAAGCGUGGAGUGUCCUCUUGAGAACUGUACACAGCGUUCUAGAACGUUCUCCCGAGCAUCUCCUCAAAGAAAUUAUCCUGGUGGACGAUUUCUCUGAUCAGCCUCAUCUAAAAAAGAGGUUGGAAAACUAUUUAACCAUGUUGCCUAAAGUUCAGCUGGUUCGCGCACAAAAACGUGAAGGUCUUAUCCGUGCUCGUCUUCUGGGUGCCUCCGUUGCUUCAGGACCUGUUCUCACCUACUUGGAUUCCCAUUGUGAAUGUACAGAAGGUUGGUUAGAGCCACUGAUGCAGCGUAUCAAAGAUAACACGACGAAUGUUGUGUGUCCUGUUAUUGAUGUCAUCAGCGAUGACAGUUUCCAGUAUCAUUACAGGAGCUCCAAACACCUGAAUGUGGGUGGAUUCGACUGGAAUCUUCAAUUCAACUGGCAUCCUGUACCUGAUAGGGAAAACAAACGUAGAAAACAUACAUACCUGCCAGUGGCGUCUCCAACAAUGGCGGGUGGUCUGUUUUCUAUUGACAAGAAAUUUUUUGAAAAACUAGGACUUUAUGACAGUGGUUUUGACAUCUGGGGUGGCGAAAAUCUAGAGCUUUCUUUUAAGACUUGGAUGUGUGGUGGAACUUUAGAAAUAGUACCCUGUUCACAUGUGGGUCACAUCUUCAGGAAGCGAAGUCCAUACAAGUGGAGGACUGGCGUCAAUGUUCUGAAAAGAAAUUCCAUUCGUCUUGCAGAAGUUUGGUUGGAUGAUUAUGCCAAAUAUUAUUAUCAAAGAAUUGGCACAGAACUGGGCGAGUAUGGAGACGUAUCAGACAGAAAAGAGCUUCGCAAGAACUUAAAAUGCAAGAGCUUCCAGUGGUACUUAGACAAUAUAUAUCCUGAGCUUUUUAUACCCGGUGAUGCUGUAGCUUCAGGAGAGAUUCGUAACCUGGGUGGAAGUGGUCGCAACAUGUGUGUAGAUAGUCCAGCACGAAAAGCUAAUAUGCAUAAACCUAUUGGUUUAUAUCCUUGCCAUAACCAGGGGGGUAACCAGUUCUGGUUGUUGAGUCGAGAUGGUGAAAUCAGACGUGAUGAAGCUUGCCUCGAUUAUGCUGGAAAGGAAGUCAUCUUGUACCCGUGCCACGGUUCUAAAGGAAAUCAAUUGUGGAUUUACAAUGACAAGAGCAAGACUUUACAACACGGAAGCAGUGGUCAGUGUCUAGAGAUGAGUGAAGACAAGCAGUCUGUCCAAAUGCAAGAAUGUUCUGACGAAUCGAGGCAAAAAUGGCAAUUUCAGAACUAUGAUCCAACAAAGCUAUCAAAAAGACCCUUAUAAAGAAGUGCCUUCAUUUUAGUGUGCAGCAGAGAGAUUGCCAAGUUGUUUUUGGUUCAGUUCCUGUCCAGUGAUGGUUUCCGUUUUCCUGCGAUUCUUCCGUUUUUUUAUUUUAUUUUUUAUAAUAAGAAUCUGCUCAUCCGUAAUGGAACGGUUCCUCCACGAACUGUUCCAUUCUUCCUCUUUUCGAUGAAACUUGGUGAUGGUACUAUUUUAGAGCCCCCUCUCUAAAUGAGUCUUUCUUGUUUUGAUUGAAGACUGUUUAUGUUAAGAAAAAGUAUUUUGACGUUGCUAUGUAUCCACUGUUAAAAAUGUUUAAUAUUGAGGUGAUUUUGUGCAAAAGUUUAUUUUGGAAUUUUUUUUCCUUCUAAACAUUAGGUAUUGUUAAUAAAUAUCGGGAAAGAGGUUAUUUCAUGCAAUUUUUUUAUUGAAAUUCAAAAGCAUUACCUACGACUGUUUAUGCAUUUUUCCUAUGCUUGUUAAAAAAAACCAUUUGCUGUUUGUUGUUUAGACCUGUUGCGUACACACACACCUUGACUUUUCCUUUUGAAAUGAGUGAAUCGACUGUGCUUUUUAGAGCUGAUUGAAGAUUGGGAUGUUAUAGGGGAACAAAUCUGGACUGUAAUGUGGGUGGCUUAGAACUUCCCAUUUGAAUUUAUGCAUAAGUUAUUUACUUCCUUUAAUGUCUAAGGUCUAGAGUUGUCUUGCAACACAGUUACUCUCAGAUAAAGUUCACUUGGUUUUUUAGGUUUCAUUGAAUUUUGUUAAUAUUUCCAAAUUUUCUUGAGAAUUCCAUAGCUGUUGACAAGAGUUGGACCCUUCUUUAGGUUUUGCAGUCAGAAAUAAAUUGACAGCUGUUCAAUGAUCACCUUUUUAUCAUCGCUUGCAUGAUAACUAUUGCCAUCCAGUGAGAGAAAAGUGCACUUAUCCUCCUAGUCACUCUAUCAACUGCAUUUCAGGCUCAUCUCCAUUUUUCUAAAUAGCUUUUAGUUUUGGCUUAGUGGCAACUUGGAUCUGCUUUGAAAAGUGUUAUUUUUGUUGUGCCUUUAUAAUUUCGGGCUACUUUUUAUAAUGCUAAUUAAUCAAUGCUUUUAAUUUUCGGUUUAGUUAAAAAAAAUUCGAAUAGUUGGAUCGAUUAUUUUAUUGAUCUUACAAUAAUUUCGACAUCAAAAAGCAAUUUUUUUUAAGCAUUGUAUUGGUUUUGAAGUUGUUUUAAUUGCACUAUUGAAAAGAUAUCCAUUUUAUAAAAAUUAAAUUAAAAAUAAAGUAAAUAUAUGCAAAUGAAAAAUGUGCAUGAAACAUGCUACAUUUGCAUUAUUAAACUCUUUCAAAAGGCAAUCCCAAAUUUUGAGAAAAAGCUGAGAAAUUUAAAAAAAUUUCAAAAAUUUUGUUCAGAAUCACCUCAAAACUGAUCAUUUUGAAAUUCAAAAAAAUUUUGUAAAAAAACGAUUGACUUAUAAAAUUUAUAGUUUUAAUUUAUUUUGCUUCUAAUUUCUCUGUGAUAAAAAAGCAUUAACUAUAAUAAUUAUACUUCAAGCAUGCUUCAAUUACAAACUCUUUCAAUAUAUAUAUAUUUAGAAUUUUGUUUUCAAAAUGAAAUAAUUUGAUAUUUUUAUUAAGUUUUAUUUAUUCACAUUAAGUCAGUGAAAUAUCCAUAAAACCUCUAAUAAUGUGGUUGAAAUUAAAAUUAUUAAUUCAUAAAUAUCUUAAUUUUAACCACAAUCUCUGCCAUUAAAUAACAAACAUUAUUUAACAUAAAUUUUAAAUUUAAGUUACUAAGUCUUUGCAUGUGUAUUGUUUUUCUUUCUUUUUUUGGUGCAAGAAGUGCAUUUAAAAAAAAAAUCUGAUUCCUUAAUUCAAUAAAAAAUAUUUUAUCUGUCUUUAAAAUGUUUAAAUCAAAUUUUAUAUGUAUUUGUAAGAAAAAAAGAAACACUGAAAAUUGUAAUUGAAAAUUCUUCAAAGUUAUACAUAUCUUAUUUAUUUGAAAACACAUUCCAUUUGAGUAUAGUGUUUUGUUUCUUGUGUUAUUUAAAUUUUAAUGAUUUAUGUGAUGUUCUGUUUAUCAUUCCCAGUUUCAAACAUAAAUAUUUAGUAAUUCUAGUUGACGAUACUAACUUCAUCUUGAUUUUUUUUUUCUUUUAUGUUGUACUUGUUUUUUUGUUUUGUUUUUUUUUAAAAAUUAGAUACAGUCACAGUUGGAACUCAACCACUUGAUAAUAUCUCUAACUCUAGGAACUGAGUCAGAGUUGGAACUCUAACCACUCUAUCUCUAACUCUAGGAAUUCUAGACUGGAAUCAAAGUUGAGUCUGAAUUGUUGGCCACAGCUCUGUUAUUUUGUAAAUGCUUUAGAAAAAUGUAAAAUCACAUUCUUAUCUUGCCUCAUGUAUUCCAUUGGAUAAGCAAAAUUGAAGUAAUAUUUAGAUUAACAGUCAGUACCGUCAAUUAGGUUUAAAAUUAAAGUUUUUUUUUUAUCGCUUUGUCACAACAAUUGUGGAUAUUUUUUUAUACAUUUUUUAAUGUGAUGACUGGAUACAGCUACUGUUGUGACAAUCGAAUUCUAAUUGUAAGUGCCAUUACUUAACUUCCUACAGGGUCACGUGGGUGACAAUAUUUUGUAUAAAUGUUCAAUUUUAUAUACAAUAAAAUUAGAAAAAACUUU